AUGCAGAACACCGGGAAAAAUGGCGACUGGCUGUUGAGAGAAUUGUUCAUGCUGGUCCUAGUCUGCCUCAUCUUCAGCGUCCUCUCCACCAUAGAAGAGUACGGAACCUUCGCCAACGCCACUCUCUUCUGGAUGGAGAUCUGCCUGGUGGUGUUCUUCGGCGCCGAGUACCUGGUGAGGCUGUGGUCGGCCGGCUGCAGGUCCAAGUACAUGGGCUUCUGCGGCCGCCUGCGCUUCAUCCGGAAGCCCAUCUGCAUCAUCGACCUGAUCGUGGUGGUGGCGUCGAUCGUGGUGCUGUCGGUGGGCUCCAACGGGCAGGUGUUCGCCACGUCGGCGAUCCGCGGCAUUCGCUUCCUGCAAAUCCUGCGGAUGCUGCACGUCGACCGCCAGGGAGGCACCUGGCGACUGCUCGGCUCCGUUGUCUUCAUCCACCGCCAGGAGCUGAUCACGACGCUGUACAUCGGCUUCCUGGGUCUUAUCUUCAGCAGCUAUUUUGUAUAUCUGGCUGAGAAAGACGCCGAAAAUGAAACAGACUUCAGCAGUUACGCAGACGCGCUGUGGUGGGGUGUGAUUACUGUCACGACCAUCGGAUACGGAGACACGGUGCCCAAGACUUGGAUGGGCAAGAUCGUCGCCUCGUGCUUCAGCGUCUUUGCUAUUUCUUUCUUCGCCUUGCCAGCGGGCAUCCUGGGCUCCGGGUUCGCACUCAAGGUGCAGCAGAAGCAGCGGCAGAAGCACUUCAACCGGCAGAUCCCGGCGGCCGCCAUGCUCAUCCAGUGCCUGUGGCGGUGCUACGCUGCCGACAAGUCGUUCAACAGCCAGGCCACCUGGAAGAUCUACGUCAAGGACACCGGCCAGCCCAGCCAGAGCUCGUCCGCGCCGCUGGGAAAGUCUCUCAUCCUCCAGGUAGCGAAGAAGGCAAGCGUCCUCAAGCGCAGGAAAUCGAAGAAUCGCAUGGAGGUUCCCAGCAACGCACUCGAAGGGAGCACGAGGCGUGACAGUGAGGGCGACGUUGUUUUCUACAUAGAAGAACCGAAAGCAGGAACGCCAAAUCGUGUGAGGAGGGAAGGUCGUGGGUCACUUUUCACAAGCCAGACAAGUAGUGUCACGGAGGCAGCAUCAGAUGAAAUAGACAUUGAUAUAGAUGAGCCUCAGAGAGUAACUACGUUAACUGAGGCACACCGUAAUGCAAUAAGAGCAAUUCGAAAGAUAAAAUACUUUGUUGCUAGAAGGAAAUUCCAGCAAGCACGGAAACCAUAUGAUGUUCGUGAUGUCAUAGAACAGUACAGCCAAGGGCAUCUCAACAUGAUGGUGCGCAUAAAGGAACUACAGAGGAGAUUAGACCAGACACUUGGAAAACCAGGCAGUUACUUGGCUGGAAUUGAUCGAUGUGGCAAUGUGAAACCCAUGACAAUAGGAGCACGGCUUUACCGUGUUGAACAGCAGUUAUGUGUGAUGGAGAAGAAGCUUGACCAGUUAGUAUACGUCCUCAAUGCUGUUGCACAGAAGCAGCAGAUUCCACUUCGGUCUGUUGAAGAUGAAGUCUAGCAACGGUGAGCCCAGCUGUGGGGCACUACAGCUAUUUUUAUCACCACAGCGAUUAUCUUGUGAGACAUUUUUGUUAUUCAACUACUCUUCUUUCAGGAUUGAAUUUCAGACAGUUUUUGUCCUUUCCCGUGAUGUGUGAUGUGUGAAUAAAAUGAAAUUCCACUGGACAGUGAUUGACAAAAAUGCAGUGUUUUAAGUGACUGGAGUGCUCCAUUAACUUUUACCAUUAUACAGUAUUUGAUUCCAUUUUAGUGAGAUGAGACUUCAGAUAGCAUUUUUAUAUUUUUUAAAUACAUAUACAUACAUCUAUUGUUAAAAUUGCAUUAGCUUUC